AUGGGCUAUGAAACUCGCGGAAGACAAUUGAAUUGGGGAGUGAUCGGUAUAAACUUACCACAAACUCACGCAGAGAAAGCGGCCGCUCGACUUUCACCGCCUUCCAUAGCGACGUCGACAUCAGAACAGCAACUUUCGAAGAAACGAUCACGUCGAAGUUCUUUCUCACUGUCGCCUCCACCAAAACGAAAGAAUUAUACAAUUCCAGAAGACAUAAGUACCCCGCCACUUUCACCACCAGCCGAUGAUAGCUCAUUUGAAAUUCACAAUGUGGGAAUAAAAGAUGAGCCGAAAGAGAAGAAAAUAGACGAUGAAAUCAAAAUUGAAGAGGGCGAAGAAAGCAAAUUCACAGUCAACGGGGGCGAGGAGAAGGAAGAAAUCGAAGAGAUCGACUUGACGGAAGUAAAGGACGAAAUUGUUGAAGGAGUUAUUGUUCAAUUACAAAAAACUCGCAAUAGACCUCAUUUGGUCAAGGAACUUGCUGCUAUUUUGUCUCCAACCGUUAAAAUCGUGGAACAAUCUGCCAAUCCAUGUGCAAUCAUUUCCUCUCGAUUAUCCAACUAUCUAAAACGACCAUGGACCGUAUCAUCACCAUGUCCAGUGGGAAAAGAGUUGGAAACUGUGCAUCCAAGAAGAACAUACUUUUAUUUGACUACUUACUCGCAUCAACCAUUUCCUGAUCCUGCACAAUUAGCUCAACGUUCGAUUAUCACCCCAUCUAUUUCAAGCGCAGAUUCGACCGAUGAACCAGAUCGAAAUCGUGAUGAUUCACCUGAAGUCGAUUUAUCUUCCGAGGAAUACGAUGAUGAUGAUUCAAUCACACCACCAACUCCCACUGGUUCCUUUGCCGGUCGUUUCGAACGUCCCGUGAGGAACAAUCGUGCUGCAUCGGUUGGUCUUGAGAAAGAUGAGAAAGAAUUCACACAAACAGCUCGUGGAAUGCAAAAACGAAGAUUUAGCGGCGAGCCACCAUCAUCAUCUUUGGCGAAACCAUCUGAUAUGAACGAUAUGCCUUCAAAUAUUUCAGAUACCCCGAUGAAAUCUGUGGAAUCUGACCCAUUUUUUGGAGAAAGCCGAGGUGGUUUAAAUGCAUCGUUGUUAAAUACGCCGGGUUUUAUGAACAGCCCCGCUAUGAAACCUGUUUUUGCAUCGAAAAAAUCAUGGGAUGCAACUGUGGAAACUUCUCAAGCGAAUUGGGCGCCAGCGAAGAUUGAAACAUUAGAUUGGGAUACGAGAAGUCCGGAGAACAUCGAAUUAGAUGAAUUAGAUGGCAUGCUUGAUGGAUUUUAG